UGAAAAUAAUUUAAAUAACAUUUUGUGUUUUAAUAACGUGAACAAACAACUAACUUCUGCUUACGACAAUGUAUUAACAUGAGUUUUUUCGAUCGUUUGUUUUUCUUAAUGUUUAUAUUGUGAUAAAGCAAAAGAAUUAAUAAGUGCGAAAAAAUUGUGUAAAGGUGAUACUAUAAUUUUAACAAAAAAUUAAGUUAAAGGAUCAUGAUGGAAGCCGAAUCGGAACCUCUGCCUCCUUUGCCCCAAGUAAAAGACAGCGACCUUGCCUUAAGACGAAGGCAACUAAAAUCGCAACAAAGUACAGUUGCCAGUAGAAAACAACAUGCAGUAUGCGUGCGAGGAGCUCACAAACAAUAUGGAUCAAGUAAAAAUCCUAAUAUUAUUUUGGAUGGACUUAACAUGACAGUGCCGAAAGGAUCCAUUUAUGGUUUACUGGGUGCAUCAGGCUGUGGAAAGACUACCUUGCUCUCUUGUAUUGUAGGACGUCGACGACUUAAUCAGGGUGAGAUAUGGGUUUUGGGCGGAACGCCCGGAUCACGAGGCAGCGGUGUGCCUGGUCCACGAAUUGGUUACAUGCCACAGGAAAUUGCUCUCUACGGUGAGUUUUCGAUUAGAGAGACAAUGAUAUAUUUCGGGUGGAUAUCUGGUAUGUCUACAAGUGAAGUGGAUGCUAGAAUAGAUUUUCUAUUAGAUCUUCUACAGUUACCUGCCGGAGGAAGAAUGGUUAAAAGUUUGAGCGGUGGGCAACAACGACGUGUAUCAUUGGCAGCAGCUUUGUUGCACCAGCCUGAGCUGCUCAUCCUGGACGAACCAACUGUUGGAGUCGACCCGGUCUUGAGACAAAGUAUAUGGGACCACAUGGUUGACAUAACUCAAGGAGGAAAAACCACUGUUAUCAUAACAACACAUUACAUUGAAGAAACGCGGCAAGCUCAUAUGAUCGGUUUGAUGCGAGGAGGAAAAUUUUUAGCUGAAGAAUCGCCGGCUCAUUUGAUGCAACAAUAUCGUACUGAAACCUUAGAAGCAGUAUUUUUGAAAUUAUCUGUCUUGCAGAACAUGGGAAAACGUAGGCGUUCUAGCAUUCUGCAACAAGUAACUGAACGCAUUGAAAUACCUCACGCUGCCACGGAUCCAGCAAUAGAGAUCGAUGAUGAAGAAGUAGGCGAAAUAUCUGGAGAAUUUGGAGACAACAUUUCAAUGAGUAGUCGUGGUGGCGUUCGUGGUUCGCGAGGAGUUGUCGUUCCUGGUGUAAGUGUUGGUGUUCCUCCUCCUUUGCCACCAGAAGAAACACCGCUUGAAUCGAAUUGCUGGGAUCGUGCGAAGCUUUUGCAAACGCAUCAUAUGAAGGCGCUUAUAUGGAAAAACUUCUUAUGGAUGUGGCGUAACGUAGGCGUGAUGGCUUUUAUAAUUGGUUUACCGGUUGCCCAAAUUGUUCUAUUCUGUUUAUCUAUCGGACAUGAUCCUGUAGGAUUACGUAUGGCUGUUGCUAAUAGUGAACUGAAUACAACUAUGUGGAGUGACGAACCACGGACAGAUCUUGCCGCGUGUCCUAUUACACGUGGUUGUAAUCAGACCCUACUAAGUUGCCGAUAUUUAAAUCACCUCAGAGAUCGAAAGGCUGAAUUGGAAUUCUAUGCCGAUGAAGAAUUAGCUUUGGAAGCAGUGCGUCGAGGCAAAGUUUGGGGAUCCAUCGUUUUUGCGCACAAUUAUACAGAAUCUCUGGUUCAACGAAUGGAACAAGGAAGAAACGCCCCAGAUGAAAUAUUAGCGGCUGCCGACAUUGAUGUCACUAUGGAUAUGUCCAAUCAACAAAUCGGAACACUUCUAUAUCGUGAUAUACAAUAUGCAUUCGGCGAUUUUAUAAAGCAGCUUCUAAAAGAUUGCGAUAUUGAUCCUAAUGUUGGAAACAUUCCACUGCAGUUCCGUAAUCCAGUUUUUGGCGAUCAGAUUCCAAACUUCACAGAUUUUGCAGCACCAGGAGUUAUUUUAACUAUUAUAUUUUUCUUAUCCGUUGCGCUUACCUCAGGAGCAAUGUUGCUAGAACGAAAUGAAGGUUUACUGGAACGUUCGCUGGUAUCAGGAAUAACAGGUGUUGAAAUUUUAUUUUCCCAUGUCACAACACAAUUUUUGGUCAUGUGCGGUCAAACAGCAUUAGUGCUUAUUUUCAGUUUUGCAGUAUUCGGUUUAAGUCUCAAAGGCUCCGUAACUUGGAUAACUAUUCUGACUAUUCUUACAGGCUUAUGUGGAAUGUGCUUUGGCUUUGUUGUUUCGUGUUCUUGUGAAAAUGAACGUAGUGCAACAUACAUGGCUAUGGGCAGCUUCUUGCCUAUUGUAAUGCUGUGUGGUAUAAUUUGGCCAAUUGAAGGCAUGCAUCAAGUACUUAGAUAUAUAUCAUACAUCUUGCCACUAACUAAAUCAACAGAAAGUUUACGAAGUAUGUUACAAAGAGGUUGGAGCAUACACCGGCCUCAAGUAUAUUAUGGAUUUUUGUCAACAUUUGGCUGGUGUGUCGUCUUCCUAACAGUUAGUAUAUUACUUCUGAAGUUUAAGAAAGGUUAGGUUAGUUUUAAACAUGUAUUUUUUAUAUUCUUUGUAUUGUGCACUAAGUAUCUAUGUUAUUUUUUAUUGUUAUCAUAAGAUGUCCAAAUCUAGUAUAAUGUAAGAGGUUUAGUUAAUUUUAAAUUAUUGUGAAAAUAAUUAGUUAUAUAAUGGACAAUUGAAAUUU